AUGAAAGGUUCUUCACCAAAAGCAGGAAGCAACAAUUAUGAUUACUCUUUCAAGAUUUUGUUGGCUGGUGAUUGUGGUGUUGGAAAGAGCAGUCUUCUGCUCAGCUUCAUCUCCAACUUUGUACAAGACCUGUCUCCCACCAUUGGUGUGGAUUUCAAGAUCAAACAGCUUUUAGUUGGUGGGAAGAGAUUGAAGCUUACAAUAUGGGACACAGCUGGACAGGAGAGGUUUGGAACAGUUAUAAGCUCUUACUACAGAGGUGCACAUGGAAUUAUUCUUGUGUAUGACGUGACACGGCGAGAAACCUUUACAAAUUUGUCGAAUAUCUGGGCAAAGGAAGUAGAGACGUACUCCACUAAUCCUGAGUGUAUCAAAAUUCUAGUUGGGAAUAAAGUUGACAGGGAAAAUGAGAGGGCUGUAAGUAGAGAAGAGGGAAUGGUUCUUGCACAGGAGCAUAAAUGUCUGUUUCUUGAAUGUAGUGCUAAAUCUAGAGAAAAUGUUCAACAAUGUUUCAGAGAUCUCACAUUGAAGAUGCUGGAGGUGCCAAGUUUACUGGAAAGUGGAUCUGUAGAUGUGAAGAGACAAAUUUUGAAGCAGAAACAAGAAGACCAGAUGCCUUGCAGUGGUAAUUGCUGCUCUCAAUGA